AAGCAAGUUCGACUUCUAGCUAGUACGGUACCAGCCAGCUAAGUUAGCUAACAAGCAAUUUGACACGAAGCAGCAACCGCAUUACCACAGCAACUACAAUUCAACGAACAACAACAGCAAGAGCAUCAGCAACAACAAGUGUCAGCCAUGUCAUCCGAAGAAGAAUCGUGGGUGACGAAAGCAGCAGCAGCCGAUGGUGGCAAGGGGCUUGCCCUGGAAGAGUACGAUCCCGAUAAUGAGGUUGACAUGCUUUUAAUCUAUAAAGCCUUGAAAGAAGAUAAUCCGCAUGCACAAAGAAGACUCAAGAAAUUCAUACGAUCCAUUCGAAGCAAGCAGCCGCAGCAUGCAAAUGCCGCUCAGGCGUGUCUACGUGUAGAAGAAUUAGUAAGAACGGAGCUCAAGGGUUGGAAGGCCAGUAAACCAGAGCUUGAUCCCUUUCAGAUCGACGAAAAAGCUGCCUUUUAUUGUUUUUGGAGGGAAGACCGAGCAACGACCGAUGGGCUGGCCUGCAUACCAGCUGUCCCCAACUCUUUAGGACUACGACCAUCGCUACUUCUCUUUGACCUAGAGAAUGAAAGGCACAAGGUCACCAGGGCUUACCAAUACAUUGAUACCUCUCAGAAAGUGGCUGCAAUCAACUUGUAUGGGACGUCUGGUGCUGGGAAGACCAGAAGCAUAUUUGAAUACCUCUCCCACAACUACGGGUUUUAUUUGAAUGCUGGGGCAGAUGCCAUCUACAACCCUGGAACCAUGGAUUUCAAAUCCUUGCUUUCCCAAUGCCUCAAAGAAAUCAAGAAGAUCGAUUCAGAUGACAACGAAACCAGAAAGGAGGAAACUGGAACCAACCUUGCGUUUGUUACAAGGGCACUAAGUGCAUUGCUAAGUGUGCGGACAGCUGUUCUCAACCACAUCAAUGCCAUUCUAAGCUCAAAGAAAAUGGAAAGCCUGACAUGCCAUGAAUGGCUGUUAGUUCAGCUUUUCCCGGAUAACUACCUGGGAAGCGACGUCUUUCAGACGGUCUAUGUCGCCCUUUUCAACAACCAAUUCAAGUACACACAGGACACCAACAAUGGAACACCAAAAAUGAGCUGUUUCUUGGAUGAAGCACAACUUCUUUUGAAGGAGCUAGUGGGUGCAUUCUAUUCCAGUAAUGGACAUGAGAAACGUUCUGCUUAUUACGCUUGUCUACAGGGCCUGAAUCUGCUUUCAUUAUCUGAUGGUAUCAUUCAUUAUCCUUGCUUCAGCGGUACUGGAAUGUCAAUCGAGGAUUUUCAUGCUGAGAUGAAAUCCUUGGUGAACAAACCAAAACUCAAGGACCAUCAUAUUUUUUUUGGGCAACUCAAGACCAUGGAAGCGGCAGAUGUAAUUGAGUACAUCAGCAAGUUUUUGGAUAUCAGUUCAUUGGGGGAUGACCUUGUUGACCAUGUAGGCAAAUGGUUGACGGGGCGACCACGGUGGGUAGCAACGUUCAUUGAGACUUAUCUUGAAAAGCCAGAAACAAAAUAUCCAAGGACAGAUGGAAGAUUCAGUAAGGAGGAACUACCUUUUAUCAAGGCGUUGAACCGAUACAUUGAGAUUUGCACGGAGAAAUCGAGCACAAAUCCAAGAUGGUCCUGGGACUUGCAGGAUAGAUCAGCCUACAGUGCGGUUCGCCAUAUGUAUGAUGAGGGAAAGGGAAACAAAAACAAGAUGGAAUGGUCAGAGGUGCACUCCACUUUUCAGAGGGCGGUGUUUGAUUUUUCAUUGGGUGGCAAGGUGCAGGUGGUGGAUGGUCAUGCAGCAAAGCUGAUUGAGCAGGGGAUUGCAGCUGUUGACAUCCCUUCGACUGAUGACUCAUCCAGCCAAUACGUGUGUGCCAAAGUCUGUGAACCCUUGAUCAUCCAGGCAAGCCUCAACCUGUUUGGACUGAAUGAAUUUGUCACUAAGAAGCUUGUAUCUACUGGAAGUGAUUCUGAGAAGGGCAAUGUUUUUGAGGAGUUCUUGCUUCCGUCUGUCCAGCAUAGGUUUUUGGAAAAUAUACAGUCUCAAUUUGGGAAAGACUUUCUGAAGGACCACAUGGUACCAGGCAGGUCUUCGUAUGGGGUUCUUGCAACGAAGUGCGACAAGCCAUCUGAUACAAUCAAGUGGACAAGGAGCAGUUUGGAAGCUCGUUUCGAAGGAGCAUUUGCCCCUUUUUGCUUUCCCGAUACGCUGUUCGGCCCGGAUUUGACAUUUUUCAUGCGGAAUAAGAAGAAUUGGGAUGGCUUUCACUUUGUGGUGGUACAGGCAAAGCUGAAGUUUGAGCUCAACGUAGCGGAUGCGCUCCGCACCCUUGUACCCGAGCUGUUUUUUCAUAAGAAUAGAGGCACCACGCCGUCUUCCAGCUUGGAACCUGAGAUUCGGCAGCGCUGGACCGAAGUUGAAAACAAUUUAUUCAAUAUGAAAGAAGAGACGCAAGUCGCCAACCAAAGGAGCACCCGAAGCACAAAGUCUCAAUCAGUCGUGGUGAAGAAGAGGCGACAGCGGCCUGUUCUUCGAGUCUUGGUCGAAUUCCCAGCUCGGAGAAAUGAAUCCGCGAACUCGGGCCCAGUUCAUCCCUCAGCCUACAAGAGUGGUCGCAAAGGGGAUGGUCUGCAUGAUCAUCUCAUGACAUUCGAUGAGGAAAAUGCACACUUGCUGUUUGGUGUUAAGGAUGUUGAUACGCUCAGGAAGAUCAAACGCCGGCGAACGGCAUGACGAUGCUCUUAGCACACAGCCCUGAGAUGGUUGCCUUUUCUCUCUCAAGGGAAUCGAACAAUCGAACCAGCCAUCUUGCUGGCUGCAUUAGAGCCUUCACGAGACUUAAUGGUACUCUUACGUUUACAUGUUGCAAAGAGGCCAGAUUCUGCCUAUUAAUAGUUUAUUGCCAAAGAUACACUAUCAGAAUAGCCUACGCUAGUGAUGUCGGCGGGCUAUCCUGGCCAGCUCCUUGACAUGCAGUGCUUGAAUACAUUCACCCAGCGUCCCAUUCUCUACUAGCUAGCUAGCUAGUGCCUAGCAUUAUGGGACCAGCCUGAUGUACGUGAGAGAUCACCAAUAGACAAGAUCCGAGGGGGCCAAGCAUAGCGCGUGAGACAAUUAAGCCGACAAAGAUGUACACACCGAUCAAAUGUGCAUCUAGAGGCAUACAUGUCGAAACUAUUAUUACCCCCUCGGGUCUCCCUGGUCCCCCUACUGUUUUUUCUAUAGUAAUUGGCAAUUUUGGGGGACCGACCUUCAAUUAGGGUUCCCCCUAAGAUUUAACAACCCGGGGACCGGGGGACCGACCUUAAUUUAAGAUUCCCCUUGGUUUCAUAAAGAUUUAAAGGAGGGAUUUUUCAAACUCUAGCCACCGCGGCGUAUGAGCGGACCCACCAUAAGAUUUAAGGGACAAGGACUUUUUUCAAACGCUAACCCUAACCCUAAACUUCCUAAUUACCAAGCAUUCGUGACCGAGCAUCUGAGUUGGAAAAC